AUUGUGUGAGGUUCAGGUGUACGGAUGUCCAGUUAACAUGUUUGGACCCACCUGUAAUAUAACAUGUCACUGUGGUGUGGGUGGAUGUGAUCCGGACAACGGAAUCUGUGACGUCACUGGAUGUCAGAGUGGAUGGAUGGGACAAUCCUGUUUUACAGAGUGUGGACCUGGCACAUUUGGAGCGGACUGUGUCCAUACGUGUCGCUGUACAACACCCGGAUGCAACAGAGAAACCGGACAUUGUACUGCACCAGGAUGUAAAGAAGGAUGGCAAGGGAAUGCUUGCGAUGCCGAGUGUGGUGAUGGUAGAUUUGAUCAGAACUGUUCACAGACAUGUCACUGUGCUUUGCCAGGCUGUGACCGCUUCAAUGGGAGUUGUACAUUUGCAGGAUCCUGUCCAUACAAACAAUUUGGUGAGGACUGUAAAAAAAUAUGCCACUGUGCCGUUCUUGGUUGUGAUAGAUUCAGUGGACCAUGUACCAGGCCAGGAUGUGAGGCUGGAUGGGAAGGAUUGAGUUGUGACAAAGCAUGCGACGUUGGUAAAUAUGGUAAAGAUUGUAAGUAUACCUGUAACUGUGCUACUUCUGAAUGUGAUGCCAACAUUGGAAAAUGUAACGUACCAGGAUGUGACAUGGGAUGGGAAGGUUCAAGGUGCGAUAUAGCUUGCAAUAACACCUCAUUCGGUAGUGACUGUGAUCACACGUGUCAUUGUGCCACACCCGGGUGUGACAGGUUCACUGGAUUCUGUAAUGUAGAAGGAUGUCAUGUUGGCUGGACAGGUUCGGCUUGUGAUACAGAGGCUGUGCAACAACCCGGUGAUAACCAAGGCGCUUCUCCAUUGGCCGGAAUAAUUGGCGGGGUAUGUGCAGCCAUUGCGGUUAUUGUCAUCAUAAUUAUUAUAACAGUUAUUCUGGUCAGGAGGAAGCGACAAAUCCCAUCCAAAGAAAAUGACCAGAUCCCGAGAAAGCCAAAAAAGAGAAUACUCAAAAUUGACAGAACGAAUGGCGACCAGGCAUAUGUCAACAUGGCGUCUUCAGAAGCAGAACUGGGAAACAAUCAUACCGACCAAGAGGAAGAAGUACCGGGAAAUGUACAAGAUACUCAUGGUGAUGUGCAUACAGAUAAACAUGGAGACAUACCGGACGUGUUUGCUGAGGACGAGGAGGAAGUCAUUUACAUCAACAAUCCGUCACGUACCCCUGUCAGUGCCGACACAAAGAUGAAAGUAACGGAUUUACAUAACAUCAUUGUCAGGAAGAAUAGUAACGACACAUUUGACACUGAAUAUCAGAAUUUACCACAUGGUUUGAUUCAUCCACACGGCAUAUCGAAGGCGCCAGAAAAUAUUAUUUUUAACAGAUUCAAGACAACGUUUGCAUAUGACCAUUCGAGAGUUACCUUACGGAAAGAGAAGGAAGGCUACACCGACUAUAUCAACGCUAAUUAUAUAGAGGAUACACAAGGUGUGAAGGCAUAUAUCGCAACUCAAGGCCCUAAAGUGACAACUAUAGAGGAUUUUUGGAGGAUGGCAUGGCAGAAUGAAUGCGGAAAAAUUAUCAUGCUUGCAAAUUUAGUAGAAGUUGGAAAGAAAAAGUGUGCCAACUAUUGGAUGGGAAAAGAUGGAGAUUCCCUGCAACUUGGACUGUAUCAAGUGACAUUACUGGAGGAAGAAGCAUACGCAUUCUACACCAUUAGAAAAGUAUCGGUGAAGAACAAACAGACCAAUGCCAAAAGGCAAAUAUCACAGUACCACUUUACCAGAUGGUCAGAUCACGGCGUACCGGAAGCUUUCGAACUCCUACAGUUUUACAAACGGGUAGAAUCUUGUCAGACAGACUUGAAAGGUCCACUUAUUGUGCAUUGCAGUGCUGGUAUAGGCCGAACCGGCACAUACAUCGGUUUAGAUGCCCUACUGAGGGAAGGAAAGCUCAACGAUGAAAUCGACGUGUUCGGUUACACUGAAAGAAUGCGGAAUGGUAGAAUGAAUAUGAUUCAAACAUUGGAACAGUACAAGGUUUUACACGAUGUUCUGGCUGAGGGCUUUGGCAUUGUGACCUAUGGCUUGACAGGAACUGACUUCAGCAGGAAUAUCUCCAAACUGAUUGCUGGUGAAAUAGCCGAAAGACAGUUCAAUGUUUUGGAGCGGCACAGGCCUACGUAUGGGGGCAAAGAGGUUGAGACUGCCCUCAAUAAAACUAACAAGAGGAAGAACAAGGAUCUCUCAGUUUUAGCUGUGGAAAAAUACCGGCUGUACCUACCUUCAACAGUAUCCAACUAUAUCAACGCAAUUAAAGUACCGAGCUACCGAGACCCACAUGGAUACAUCCUGACACAGCAUCCUCUACACAACACGGUCGUAGACUUCUGGUCCAUGGUGUCACAACAGCUAGUCGAAGUCGUGGUAUCGAUAGGUUCACCACAGGAUUGCAUUCCAUGGCCUGUAGAGGAAGGACGCGUUGAAACCUUUGGGGACUUCACCCUUAAGUAUGAGGGAAAACAGAAUAAAGCAAUGGUGCCUGAUGUAUUGAUUCAAAGAAAGAUGAUACUUCAAGACAAGAGAAAUGCCACUGAAACUGCCGUAACCAUUCUUGAAACUUCAUCUUGGAAUGGUGGAGGAACAGUACCGCCAACAAAUUCGAUGUUGGAUAUGAUUCAACAAGUCCUAUCCUUCAGGGACAGCGCGACAUCACCCAUUGUCAUUACCUGUCUUGAUGGUGCUACAGACAGCGGACUGUUGUGUGUUCUAUGUAAUGUAAUGGAACGCCUGAAGGUCGACGGGGACAUAGACAUCAUUGCGGCAGUCAGGCAGCUUCAGAUCCGAAGACCACAGUGUCUGCCUAAUAAGGCACAGUAUGAGUAUUGCUACACGGUGAUGAAAGACCACGUGGAGACAGCAAAUGUCUAUGCCAACUGCUAAGAACGGAGAUUUAAUUUUCUUGACUUGUUACAACGGAAUGGAGUGUGGUUCAUUGUGUCAAUUUGUCUAGCACGACAAAGGUCAAUUACAUGUAGUACAUAACGUAUACAAGGUGUUAAGGCUGGCGAUAUUGUGUUAAUCCACCACGACAAAGAACAGUGUUAAUCCUCCACGACAAAGAACAACAUUAAUCCACCACGACAAAGAACAUUGUUAAUCCACCACGACAAAGAACAGUGUUAAUCCACCACGACAAAGAACAGUGUUAAUCCACCACGACAAAGAACAUUGUUAAUCCACCACGACAAAUAACAGUGUUAAUCCACCACGACAAAGAACAGUGUUAAUCCACCACGAUAAAGAACAACGUUAAUCCACCAUGUCAAAGAACAACGUUAAUCCACCACGACAAAGAACAGUGUUAAUCCACCACGACAAAGAACAGUGUUAAUCCACCACGACAAAGAACAACGUUAAUCCACCAUGUCAAAGAACAGUGUUAAUCGACCACAACAAAGAACAACGUUAAUCCACCACAACAAAGAAUAGUGUUAAUCCACUACGACAAAUAACAAUAUCAAUCCAUCACGAAAAAAAAUGUUAAUCCACUAUGACAUAAAAUGAUGUUAAUUCAUCACGACAAAUAACAAUUGAAUACAUAAGCGUAUAUAAGUUAAUAGUGCUGGUGAUUACCACGAAAGGAUGGCUAUGGAACAGCUGUCUAACAAAAUAUUACCUCACAUUUGGAUACUUUUUUUUCUAAGAAUUUCAUUUAUCAUGUGCUAUAUAUUGUAUAACUAAAGUAUGUUUUUGUUAUAUUUUGUUGCUUUACUGUAAUUGCUUUGAGAUGUUACAGCGCCAACGGAGAGUACUUACCCGGGUAAUAGCUUAAUGCUAUAACCUCCUCCAAAACUUUGAGCUUCUAAUUGAAUAUUUAAGGUUUAAAGUAGAAAAUAAUUGUUAGCGUUUAGGGAGAAAUUAUAUUGUGCUCCGUCUAUAAAAACCUGUCGCAUCGACUUUUUCGUGGAAACGCAAGGUAAGGUAUUCCAAUUGUGCGCAGGUGCGCUUACACUUAUUCUUUUAUUUACCGACGCAACUAGUAAGCCCUUACGACUGAAUUGUCAACGUAAAAAGUUGUUAGCAUCAUUUUAAACUGGGUCAUACACACAUAUGCAAUAUACUUUCCCCCCUUUCAUUAAUAUCGACUCGUUUGUUUUGAUAACAGUCAACGUUUUAUGUUUCGAUUAUAGCUUUAGGUCUUAAAAAAAAGCAUUAUUAGAACACCAUUAUCUUUUUUAUUUGUUCGUAUUAAGUAUACCGUGGGUGCCAUUUUAUGCAUUAUUUUCUAAUAGGCAGUAUUUAGGAUGUCGGUGCUGUAGUAUCUUUAAAAUCCAUUAUCGUGAUAAACAAUUUCAUGUACAUUCGUACGUUUCUUGUGUAUUAUAUCAUUAUCAAUAAUGUAUUAUGUACAUACAUACCGUUAUCGUAUUGGAUUAGUCUAUGGUGAUAUAUGAAAUAUCUGGUUCCUGGACUCGAUAUCGGUCAGGUCGAGGGGUACCCCAAAUCCAACAUUUGAAUGAUAAUUUAUAGCAUAAUAGCCUUGUGACCUGAAAAGUAUGAAAACAUAUAAAUUAUUGUUUACUCAGUGUUGUUAUGACGAUAACAACGAAAAGGGAUAAGCUGUAAGUAGGUACAAUCCCCACAUACCACUCACCUGAUUUCAGUAAAGAACAUACUGAAACUGUAAAAAACUUACUGAACCUGUAAAGAACAUACUGAAACUGAUAGGUAAGCAAGCAGAGACAUUCGGAGUACGGUAUCGUCAUAUUAAAAAGACAAUGUACAGUUUAUAUGUUUUUAAUAAGUAUAAAUAUUUCCAUAAAACAGAAAUGUGUAGAACUUUUCCCGGUGUAGAAUUUCCUUCUGCAUCCAUUCCGUAUCUUUUGUGUAUCAAUAUUAUGCUUACUUGCCAUCAACUUGCCUAUGAAAUAGUAAAGAAUCGAUAUUAUUAAAUUGAUUGUGCUUUGCGAAAAAUAUAUCCAUACAAUUGUAUUGUAAUACAAAAGUAAAUAAUACUUUUUGUUGUU